CUCUCAGUCCUUUUUUGCUGUGCUGAAGAUGAAUUGCCUUGUGUUCUUGGUGAUGGCUUUUCUACAGUCCUAUCAAAGCAAUGUAUCUUUAAUGGCAGAGGGAAAACAUGUGGAUUCGAUUGUGAAACUCUCCAGUACCAUGGCUCUUAAAUGUGUCUGCCCAAUGAAUGCAUCUAUUUCUCAGAUGGUAUGGGAGAAGGAAGAGAAUCAAACAAAACAGCUCAUCGCCGCUUUCAGGCUGCCUUAUGAUCUACAUAUAGAAAGCAACUAUAAGGCCAGAGUCCUGGUCACUAAUUUUACCUCAGACAAUAAGACUUUGAUUUUCAGCAAUGCCACUGAGAAAGAUGUUGGUUUUUACCUAUGUUCCUUUCAUACUUUUCCACAUGGGAUCUUGGAAAAGACAAUACACGUUGUUCAAUCUGGAGCAUUUGAAUUUUCAAACUUGUCAAUUCAUCAUUUGAUUACUAAACCAGGAGAAAAUGUCACUUUUAAAUAUCCGUUUAAUUCUGAUGUAGCAGUGAAUCAAAUGACAUGGGAAAGAGUGCAACCCGACUGUAUAGAUCUUAUAAUCCAGUGUGCGGAUUCUGAAAUGCCAAUCUAUGGUUCGGAUUAUCAAAACCGUGUAGACUGUAUCUCCGAAAGUUCAUUUGUACUUUUGGAUGUCACAGCUUCUGACUAUGGAAUGUAUCGCUUUUCUUACGACAAGGUGAAUGGAGAAAAUGGAACUGGCUGGAUAAAACUGUCCUCUAAUAACUUUGAACCUUUAUUUACUAAGCUGCAUAUAAUUUUUAUUGGAAGCGGUGCCUUUUUAAUCCUGAUCAUUCUGAUCAUACUUAUAUACAGAAGUUUUUGUGUCACCAAAAAGAGAAAAAGAAUUAAGAAGAUGAGAGACUACAAAGAUACUUGUAGACAGUCCCAGCAUCAGUACAAAAACUGGGCUGGCCAGCGCUCAGCAAAUUCAAGUCAAAAUCCUACUGCAACAGAGGAUCCAAUCUAUGCUAACUGGGAACAGGUUAUGAAAAAGUGAACUUACUGCCUUUUAUAUCAAUGAACUACCUCAACUCAUCCUGUUGAUCUCUGGGAUUAGAAUCAGAAUAGAGCAAGAUAGCCAAUGGUUUUGUUUUUACCUAAUAAAUCAGGAAAUAAAAAAAAUAGAUUUUUUUCUUCUCAGAUGCAUUGAUUUGUAGUGGUAUAUCUGAACUGUUUUUG